AGGUGAGUUUUGUCUCUCUCUCGCUCUCUCUCUCCCUCUCCCUCUCUCUCUCUCUCUUUCCCUGCCUCCUCUCAGUACACGCUGUUUCACAGGGAGAAAGGGGUUUCUGUCAACCACCCUGGACCCUGUGAACUCCCAAUCGCCCCGUUUCAGAGACCAAAAACCAGAAAUUACUCCAUGAAGACAACUGACUAACUGGGGAAGUACGGAAAACAGGAGUUCAAAGUUCUACUAUGCUCCUCUUGUCUUUUUUUUCCUCCACAUAUCUUGCACUCUGCCGUUUUCUCCAGCAAGCUCGACCGGUCUUGGAUUACAGCCUCUCCCUAGGAUAUUACCUGAGCAGUGAUGGACGGGCAGUGUGCUUGAUGUCAUGGAGGACAACUGUACUACCUGAAAACCUACCUGCCUUCAAACCCUCCGAAAGGUGUCACAAAGGGUGUCAUCUUCCCUUGGCACUACCACUGAGACACUUCACCCCUGAACCCUCCACAUCCGCCUCCAACAGCUGGGUCUGCUCACAAUACUGUCCCUGGCUUCCAUCCAUCAACCAACACUCUGUGGAGACCUUCAUGACUUCAUAACCACCCUAAAGUGCCAUACUCUCUUUAGGGCCUCCCAAUACUGCACUCCAACACUUCACCCUGGGCCCUCUGGGUCCAUCCGAGCUCCAGCAGCCUUGGACUAACGAUACCUAAAGGUCUCGUUUGGUGGCCCUAGCCACCCCUUGAAAACUCUCCCUCUCACCAGCCAGCCUUGAUAUUCCACCCCAGCCUUAGCAGUCUCUUCGAUUGCUGGAUAACCACCCACCUGUUCACCUUCCUCAAUACCUUCAUCAGCACCCAUCCAUCCACCUCUACCCAUCCAUCCACCUUUACCUAGCCCCCUCAAUCCAUUCAGCCCACCAUUCACUCUCUCAUAUCCAGCAGCGAUCAUGGACGAGGAGGAACUGGGUGCCAUGGCGGCCGCCCCCAUCUCCGCUCCCACCUUGCCCCCACCACUCAUGCCCCCGUCGGCUCCCCCUCCUGACCUGUGCCCCGUGUGCGGGCAGCGCCACCUGCAGGAGGAGAACCACGAGUACAACUAUCGCGAUGAGGUGGACGAUGACCUGAUGUGCCACAUCUGCCUGCAGCCCUUCGUGCGGCCACUGGACACACCCUGUGGGCACACCUUCUGCCAGGAGUGCCUGACCAGCUUCCUGCUGGAGAGCGACUUCUGCCCCAUGGACCGCAAGCCGCUGAUGCUGCAGACCUGCCGCCACUCCAGCCUGCUGGUGCUGAAGCUGCUGGAUAAGCUGGCCGUCUCCUGCCCCUUCCCGGGACACUGUGACGAGACACUGCCCCGCGGGGAGCUGCAGGACCACUUCAAACACAGGUGCAAGGGCGCGUCCCACUAUGGGCUCUCCGCCGACCGAAAGCGACGCUCCCAGGAGGGCGACUGCUUGGACAGCACGUCCGAGCUCACCGUGGCAACCCUGCCCGGCGAGGGAAGCCCCGCCUCCGCCGCCGUGGCCCUCCUGUCGGACGAGCCGGGACUGGUCAAUCCUGCCUUCGAGCCCAGCGUGGAGGACAACAGCCAAUCAGGAAGUACGACCAGUCUUGCAGCUCGCAGCAACUCCAAGAAGAGUGAGUUUCGCAACUUUGACCGGGCGUCGGUGAGGAGUCGCUCGUUCCGCCGGCUGAACCGGGCCUUCAGCGUGCUGCGCCGCACCAAGAGUGGCACGGCCGUGGUCAACGAGAGCUCCGAGGAGCGCGACAACCUCCGCAACUCCAGCGUCCCUCCCGAAGUCUUGGCCCUGCCCCAGCUGCACCACCUGAUUCCCGAUGGGGAGAUCACCAGCAUCAAGAUCUACCGGGCCGAGCCCUGCGAGCCCCUGGCCAUCAGCAUCGUGGGGGGCAACGAGACGCCCCUGGUGCGCAUCCUCAUCCAGGACAUCUACCGGGAGGGGGUCAUCGCCCGCGACGGACGCCUGCUGCCCGGAGACAUGAUCCUCAAGGUGAACGGCAUCGACAUCAGCAACGUGCCGCACAUCUACGCCCUGACGGCUCUCAAGCAGCCCUGCCAGCUGCUGCGCCUCACCGUGCUCCGCGAGCAGCGCUACCGUUACCGCUCCAGCAGCUCUCACCACCACGGACACCAUCACAGUGGAAGCGGAGGAGGAGGCCACCACCACGGGCACCACCUGGGCCACAUGGGGAACCUCCACCACGAGGCCUUCACCCCCAGCGCGCCGCCCCCGCCACCCCCGCCCGUGCUGCGGGACGACAGCCUGCACGUGGUGCUGGUGAAGGGCGUGCCGGACGAGCAGCUGGGCAUCAAGCUGGUGCGGCGGCCUGAGGAGCACGGCGUCUUCGUCUUCCACCUGCUGGAGGGCGGGCUGGCGGCGCGCGACGGCCGGCUGAGGGUGGACGACCGCGUGCUGGCCGUCAACGGGCACGACCUGCGCUACGGGGCGCCCGAGCACGCCGCCCUGCUCAUACAGGCGAGUCAGGACCGUGUCCACUUCGUGGUGUCUCGUCAUACCCAGAUCCCGACCCCAGACAUCCUCUCCGAAGCCCCCUGGGGGAUGGACGGCCCUCCGCCUUACUCCCCUGUGGACAUUGAACACAGUCUACUGGAAGCGUGUCAGAAGCCAAGCUGCUACGAGAAGACGGUGACCCUGACCAAGGAGCCCCACGAGUCGCUGGGGAUGACAGUGGCCGGUGGCAUGUCGAGUCGCGGCUGGGACCUCCCCAUAUAUGUCACCAACAUCGACCCCAACGGGGUGGUCAGCCACGAGGGAUCCAUACGCAAAGGUGACAUCCUGCUGAACGUGAACGGCGUGGAGUUGACGGGGGUGACGCGCGGCGAGGCGGUGGCCAACCUGAAGAACACCUCGUCGCCCGUGGUGCUGCAGGUGCUGGAGAUGCCGCCGCCCGACGAGAGCUGCCUGGAGAAUAUGCCACCGCUGCUCUCGCCCUCCUCCUCCGUCUCGCCCUCGACACCCGAUGAUGCCAAGAUCCCCCCGCCGCCCAACGACGACUAUUCGCCACUCUGGGUCUCCUGGCUGCAGCUGCCCAGGCACCUGUACUGCUGCAAGGACAUCGUGCUCCGGCGCAGCACGUCCGGCAGCCUGGGCUUCAGCAUCGUGGGCGGCCAGGAGGAGGUCAACUGCAACCAGUCCUUCUUCAUACGCUCCAUCGUGGAGGGCACACCCGCCUACAAUGACGGCAGAAUACGGUGUGGGGACAUCCUGCUGGAGGUGAAUCAGAAGAGCACCUGGGGGAUGACCCAUACGGCCCUGGUGCGACUGCUCAAGGAGCUCAGGGGCCGCAUCACCCUCACCAUCGUUUCCUGGCCCGGGAGCCUGCUAUAGGGUAGCCCCCAGCAGCCAGGAGGAGGAGAGGAAGCUUAACAAACUUACUGGAACACUUUCAAAACCUGCUGUAAUGAAAGGAGGGUGGAGCUUACUUGUAGUACAGUACACUGACCCUGCCCUGCUGGAGCCUAUGACGGCCUCUGUGUGGGUGAGUGGGUGGGGCCUCUGGUUAUGAACUUACUUCUCCGUUGGGUGGAGCUUGUGAAAAGGAACCCUGCCUGAUAGGGCGGGGCUCCUGCGAAUCACCACGCCCCCCCCUUGUCUCCAAAGACGAGGGCAUGCAGGACAUGUAAAUGCUAGACAUGGACCUUGCUCAGGAAAGUUGGACUCGGCCAAAGACUUCCAAGACGGGACAAGCCUUAGGGCAACAAGCCCCGAUGCAGGACGAUGCAGGACUGAUCACAGAGGACACGUAGAAAAGAGAGAUCCGAGAGUUCGGUUCCUUCGCGAACCCUUCAAAGAAUCCUGGAAACAGGAUCUCAUCUCGAAAGAAGCAAGGACCGGAGUCUUUUCGCUCACCUAUGACCAUGAACUUUGACUUCAUCGGUUCUUGGAGCUACGCCCUUUGUAUCUUGCCUGAAAACAAAAUAAAGGGAUGGGUAAAAGAGCACGUAACCCCCGUGUCACAUCCGAGAUCUUCAU